AUGAAGCUCACUGCCGCCCUCCUCCUCCUCUGCCCCCUUGUCGCAGGAGCAGCCGCGACGCCGCGAGACGGCAAGGUCAGCUAUGACGGCUACCAGGUCUACCGAGUGUCUACCGCCAACUCACCGAAAGACCUUUCUCGUCUGAGAUUGUUCCCGUCCGCUGCACAGAACGGCUUCAUCGAGGUCGCGAUCCCGCCCAAGGAGAUUGACAGCUUCAAGUCGCUAGACCUUGAGAAACAGCUCUUGAACGAGGACCUCGGCAAGCUGAUCAGGGCCGAGUCUUCGGCCCAGAAGCCCGCGUCCUUAACCAAGCGCGGCGAGUUGCCCCCUCUGAGCUGGUUCGACUCCUAUCACGCCUACGACGACCACGUACAGUACUGGAAGAACCUCCAGACCGCGUUCCCGAACAACUCUGAGUGGCUAGACAUUGGGUCCUCGUACGAAGGGCGCAACAUCUUUGGGCUGCGUCUCUGGGGCGGCAACGACACGGGGACCAAGCCCGUCGUCCUCUGGCACAGUACUGUUCAUGCCAGGGAAUGGAUCACAACAAUGACCGUCGAGUACUUGACCUACCAGCUCAUCAAUGGUUACAAGUCGGGAGACAAGAACGUUACGGCCUUCUUUGACGCAUAUGAUUUCUACAUCGUGCCCUUCCACAACCCGGAUGGUUUCGUAUACACCCAGACCACGGAUCGCCUCUGGCGCAAGAACCGUCAGAAGCGCUCUAAUGUCACCUGUAUCGGCACCGACGGCAACCGGAACUGGGACUUCCAGUGGGACUAUCCCCUCGAGGAUGGCAGCGUUUCCGCCGAUCCCUGCAGCGAAACCUUCCACGGACUGACCCCCGGCGACACGCCCGAGAACAUCGCCCUCUCGGCCCUCUCCCGCAAGCUGGCCGCUAAGCCCGGCGGGGUCCGCCUCUUCAUCGACUGGCACAGCUACUCGCAGCUCAUCCUGCUCCCCUGGGGCUUCUCAUGCCAGUCCGAGGUACUGCCCAAGAACCUGCAGGCGCAGCGCGACGUCGGCGCCGGGUACGCGGCCGCUAUUAACGCGACGAGUGGAGAGCAGUAUCAGGUCGGCCCCUCGUGUGAGAUUCUGUAUUACUCAACCGGCUCUGCAAGAGACUUCCAUCAUGGAGCCCUGAAUGCGACGUACUCGUGGAGUGUUGAAUUGAGGCCCAAGAGUGGUGGGGAUGGGGAUGGGGAUUCUGGAUUUAUUCUAGCGCCCGAGUUUAUCUGGCCGACGGUCAAGGAGCAUUGGGAGGGCAUCAAGUAUGUCCUCAGCGCGGUCGGCUAG